UCUAACUAUGUUUUUCAGGAAAUGCCACCAGAUCCACUAGAAGUUAAGCGGAUGGCCUUCCUCUUCUGUACUGCACUCUCAAUUGCUUCGUUCGCGUUUCUACAACCCUGUUGUGCGCUGGAGCGCCUUUCUUUCGAUGCCUGUUGCAGCGCUGGAAUUAACACCACACACAACAUGGAGCUUGACUCACUCAUUAAGGAGAGCACUGCGGACGAGUGUAUUGCCAUCAAUCAGGUUGACCAGAUUUUCAGAGAGGUAGUCAAUUGUCUUGAGAAAACGAAGAAUAAACCUUUUUGCCUUUUUAAGGUAAGCAACAUCAACAAUGAGCUGACGGGCGAUACGAUGGCCAAGUGUUUGCAGGUUAAAAGGGGAUGCUUUUAUGCCGCCAAAGCCAACAUAUUCUGUGAUAACGCUGCCCGAAAUAUUGUCUCCUCUGAUGCCAAAUUGCCACCGAUUCUCCACUUCUAUCCGGAUAUUCUCAAGUCUCCAAAAGAUUGUUGCAGGAGGCACAACCGACUCCCUGCGCUAGAUGUGGUCUCUGGCGACCACAUGGACUUUGACAUCAACGGUGUCCCGCUGUGCUGCACAGUCAAAGGCUACGAAGUCCCUGACGACCUGGAUCCCUUUGCUCAAGCAACCCCGGAGACAGUUAGAGACUAUCCUCACGAAGCACCACCGUUAACUAAGAAGUUCGCCACCUCAGUGACCGUUGUUGCCUCCCCAGCCAAAAAUUCCACCCUAUUAGUCGAUCGUGCGACGGAGUUAAAUUCCACUGCUUACAUCACUGAGACCCCUACGCCACACAGGAACCUCGAACCAGCCAUCGAGGAAACGUCUACUCCACCUGACUUGGCGUCUCCUCCGGCCAAUCACGGCGCGGACUCGGAGAUCGUCUGCGAGACAGGCUUCAAGUGGCACCCUGAGAAGCAACUCUGUCUUCACACCAGUGCCCGCUGCCCAAGGGGAAUGUACCUUUCAGUGAAACGAAACAUGUGUCUGCCCAAACACGGCGACGAAUUCAACUGCCCACCAGGUUUUGAAUACCGCAAUGACCUGAGUGGCUGUGAAGUACAUUAUUGCCGCAUGUGCAUGCCUCUUCACUUAUGCUUUCGUCUCCUGCAUGUACUCCAACCACCAGACAUAAAUGAGUGUGAGGAGGGCGUCUGGGAGGAGAAUCGUAGCGUACCAGUCUGUCAGAAAUCCGGCCAGCAGUGCGUAAACACGGUGGGCAGCUAUCACUGCGACUGCAAGCAGGGCUUCCAAAAAAGCCGAGAAGGCGAAUGCGUCGGCAAGUUGCAAACAAACGAAAAGGUCUGCAUGAAUACAAAGUUGCCUGCAAUUUACAUGCAUGCCAAAACAAUGUCACAAAGUUACCAUUGCUUUGCGUGCAUUCAAAACCGAGAAAAAAGAUCAAGCCGUCUUAUUUUAGACAUUGACGAGUGUAAGGUGUCGCCGGAAGUCUGUAGGGCUGGAUACGAGUGCAGAAACGUGAUCGGUUCUUUUCAGUGUGUUCGUCAGGUACCGUGCGGUUUCGGUUACGUACUCAACCAAGAAACUCAGGAAUGCGAAGAUAUCGACGAGUGCAAAUCCCAGCCGGACAUUUGCGGCCCUAACAUGCUGUGUGUAAAUGUGCGUGGUGGAAUGAAAUGUGUGCCGAAGAAGUGUCCAGGGAAGUUGAGCAUAGACAUCAACGAGUGCGAAAUGAAUUCCACCAUAUGCCGACCCUUCGAGAAGUGUACAAACCGACCUGGUGACUACAUCUGCGAACCGAAGCUUCGCUGUGAAUGGGGCUACCAACUCAACUCCGAAGGAUCUGCUUGCGAAGACGUGGACGAGUGCAGGAUGAAGGCCUUCAACUGUCGCCAUGGUCAAAUAUGUGUGAACACUCCGGGCUCCUACAAGUGCGAGAAUUCACCGUGUCACUACACUGAGAGGUAUGCAGCUGCAUCUGUCGAAUUUCGACUGACUUGUCUACAUUCUCACCUCCAUCUGACAGGCAGUUUCGGUCAUAGCGUUAACAUGCACUUUACUUCAAGUAUGACUACACACUGGGAAAAUGCGUGUGUCCAGCAGGAUUUCAACACCGGGGAGCAGAAUGCGUUGGUUCGAACUCUCUCGAAGUGUGGUCCGCUAGCUCCACUGGAAUUCGCCAAAUACAUCUGGCGGAGCAAGGAGCGCCUUCCUCGCUUCGGUGCCUCAUUCCUGAAAAGCAUCCGCUGGCAUUAUUUGCAUUCCCUGAUUCAAAAGGCACAAGCUACAGUUGAGCAAGACGUUGAACAUCACGUCUAG